GACACCGGAAGCUGAAUGCUCAGCGUUCAUGUGUCUUGUUGGUGAUAACAUAAAAUAAGUCUGAGAGAAAAGUCAUUUAUAGACUUCACGGGACAUUUACAAACUUAACAACACAAUAUGUCGGACAACGAGGACAACUUCGAUGACGGAGAUUUUGAUGAUGCCGAGGAGGAUGAAGGAUUAGAUGACCUGGAAAACGCUGAAGAUGAAGAUCAGGAGAACGUACAGAUCCUACCUGCGGGAGAAGGCCAGCAAGCCAACCAGAAGAGGAUCACAACACCGUACAUGACCAAAUAUGAGAGAGCCAGAGUGCUGGGUACACGAGCUCUCCAGAUAGCGAUGUGCGCUCCAGUCAUGGUGGAGCUGGAGGGAGAAACAGACCCUUUGCAAAUAGCAAUGAAAGAGCUCAAAGGCAGAAAGAUCCCCAUCAUCAUUCGCAGAUACCUUCCUGACGGCAGUUAUGAGGACUGGGGCUGCGACGAGCUCAUCAUAACUGAUUAAUCAAUUUCCCCGGUCUGCACUGACAAAGCAGUGUACGCUACUUCACACCCACUUAUCUCAGCAGGUCAGUCGGGUACAUAAAAACGGUGCAGUUAUCCUCCCACCUGUUCAUACCUCAGUUCAAUGCACAAAAUCAUCAGGUGACUCUGUGAGCCAGUGAGAUAUGAACACGUGAAAUGUACAGAACAGACACUUUUGAAGAUCCCGGAAAUAUAUGGUCCUCUCAUUAUGUUGUUGGAGCUUUUCACGCCACUCGAGUGAAAUUCAAAGUUAGAAUCAACUUUAAGUCCGAUAUGAACACCUGCAUUAUAAAUAACAGCCACAAGGGGGAAACGUAACUUAGGUUGAACAUUUGUGUUGUUUUACUAAAGAAUCUUGUGUAGUAAUUAUUAUUCCAUUUGUUGUUUUGUAGAAGAAAACUGUUUUAUUGGUUUGAAUAAACUGUUUUG